CACUACUAUAUAACAAAUAAUUUGAGCAUGAGAUGUAAUGCUCAUACAUCUUCUGGCCCUAAUCGGAUUAACAGUCGCUCAACAAGAACUCUGUUAUAAAGGCCCAGGAGACGUGUACACGGGUUUUAUAAACCGAACUACGAAGGGUGACUCUUGUGAGUCAUGGUCCCAGCAGAGUCUCAUUACCCUUGAGGAGGAGGUCAACCACAACUACUGCCGAGUGUUCCAGAACAUGUCCUCAACCCCGUACUGUGUCUACAACGGACAGAGACAGCCAUGUGACGUUGCCAAGUGCGAUGUCUCCACGUUGCGGUUCCAGGGGUUUAACUUCCUAUUCUUUAGAAACACCACCAACUACCCUAACUAUCCGAUUAUAGCCCAACAGAUUAACUUCUACUUCAAGCACGACGUUGUAUCCGACGACCCCCGGCCUCCAGCAGUACUGGUCCAGGUUAAGAGCAGAAACGACAGCAGGCAGCACAUGUCUGUCAUCUUACAGAACGGGUUUCUGAAGCUGGUCGUCAGUCUGGACUCUUAUAACACAGAGAGGUUUGUGUUUGGGGGUCCCGUAUCGUAUGGGGACGUUCACUACGUAUCAGUUAAUCGGUCUAGGUCCCAAGUAUUCGUACAACUCAACGAAACCAUCUCCAACUUCACCCUUACUAGCAAGGACACGGAGUUCCUAGUGUCACCCUACCAAGUGAUGGUUGGAGACAACUACUACGGCUGCAUGACCGGUCUCAGUAUCGGUACCUGGAUUCAGAACGCACAGACUGUAGAGCUCCUGUCAGAUCGACCCUUCCCACUCUACGACGGGAGUGAAAUAAAGCAGUUUACGAUACGAAACGCUAAAACGGGAACCCCACUAUCGGAGCAGUGCAUGUUCGCCCCAACUACUGUCGUUAGAAACAGUUACAUGAUGAAAGAGAGAUCUUCUCAGACGCUCACUGAAAACCUACCGGAAGCAGCAGUGGAGAUUGUACCGAAGAAGGGGACACUUGAUCAGCGGUCCAUCAUCAUCAUAUCAGUGGCGCUCGGUGUUAUCUUCACUCUUACCCUCGUCACCCUGAUCUGCGUCAAGAGGAAUCAGGAGUUUACACCGCAGGGCUACAAUCUUGAGGUCAUGUGAUCAAAUUAUGUAUGAUUUCUUCAUGUAGACUCGGUUGUUUUUCAUUGGUCACGUAUCUUAUUUUUUCGUUCGUUAUUGUUUUUGUAAAUACGAAUAUUUAGUACUUAAACAGGCCAUUCUUGAUAGGAACAUAGGAUAUUGACAAUUGACCGGUACGGUCAUUAACGGUUAUUUGUAACGAGGCCAUCACGAAUUUAGUAUUUAUUGAAAUGUGACUUGAAGUUAAAUUGUGUUCGUUAUGCAUUAUGAUGACUUUCUAACGAGUGAAGAUUCAAAUAUAGAAGUGCACGUACACAUGCGUUCGUAGACUAAAUUGAAACAAAUUGAAGGCCAAUAUAUAGAUGGAUUUCACAAUUUUUAUAAUGCUAUUAGUAUUUCUAAAUUAAAAAUGAUGCACAUCAAAAUGAUGCCAUUAGAACACUUUAUAAUAUGCUCAUAGUAUGCAAUUGCAGUAUCAUUCAGUCUUUUUUGCAAUUUUACUAAUAAGUUUUCAAGUUUGAUGUUCAGUGUUUAAAUUAAUUCAAAAGAUUUCGUUGAUCAUAUCUAUUUGAGCAUUUUUUCAUCAAUGUGGAAAUCUCUAAAACUAAUAGCUAUAUUAAUUGAUCUAGCUUAUUUAUUAACAUGACAGC